AUGGGGGUCUCGGGAGGCUCUGAAUCGGGCAAAAGCGCAGACGGAGAUGAAUCGAAUGAGAGAUCUGAAGAGCCAGCACUUUGCAUAACGAGUGAUGAAGUAAAUUAUUUGGUGUUUCGAUAUCUGCAAGAAAGCGGCUUUGUUCAUUCUGCUUUUACCUUUGUCUAUGAGAGCAUGCUGGGGAGAACCAAUAUUAAAAACGCAGACAAAAAUUUACCUCCUGGUGCAUUGAUAGCAUUUCUGCAGAAGGGAUUGCAGUACGUUGGAGUGGAGGACGCGUUGCACAGAGAGGCCACUAAAUCACGAAAGUCAGCUCCCAAUGAGUCCAACACCAUGUCGUUGUUAUCACCGUCCACACUAACCGCACUGACUCGAGAGAUACCACCAAUACAGCUCAAUGUUCCUCCAGCCGCUGCUGCUGCCGCCGUAAAGGCACGAUUAGAAGCUGAAGCAAAGAUAGAGGCAGAUAGAAAAGCAGCAGCGACCAAAGAGGCAGCAGAACAAGCGCAGGUAAAUGGUAAGACUAAGAUCACUGGUCCCUCCAGCCUUCCACCACAGCCAGCCGUGGAAGAUCGAAAUCACUUGGCUCGGACUGCCAUGGCGGCUCAAGCAGCCCACGUGGCAGCAGCGACGGCUUCUUCCAUGGGACAAUUUGAUCAACAGCAACAGGCCAUGAUGAGACAAGCUGCGGCAUCUUCCUCUGUGGAAUCCGCGGGUGCUGCGGCACUGCUUGCGCGGCAGCGACAAGAAGUGGCGGCACAAAUGGCUGCCUUGCAAGAAGAACAAAUCAAACAACAACAGCUUCAGGAAAUGCAGCAAAAGAGUCAACACUUACAGCAGCAAUUACAAUUACAACAACAGCUCCAGCAAGAGCAACAACAAAAGGCCUCAUUAUCAGCGGCCUUGGGGCUUUCCAACGUGACUCAAACUGCAGGAACCAAGCGAUCCGCAGGGCAAAUGGCGGCCGCCGCCAAGAAGGGAUCAAAGAAUAAAAAGUCAGCCAAGCGGCAAGAGUCAUCGUCGUCUCCGGCACCAUCGGAGGAAGAGUCAUCGAAGAGUAACCCCGGAUUGUCUUCCUUACAACAAGCUGCUGCCUCGUUGGAUGAUACUCCCAUGGAGGACCAAACGCACAGCAAGGACAAGGAAGCGGUCACUAGUCCCAUGAAUGUUGAUGAAAAGAAGAUUGAAGAACCGAAAACAGUGCCCGAUGAAACAAACAAUAGCCAAACGACCACAAACCUCAACGGAAAGACCUUUUUGAAUGGUGAACACAGCACGAAUGACAGCAGUAAUCUAUCGGAUAAGGAAAAGAAUGCUCUAGACGAAAAGAUUGCCAGAGAAGACGAAGUGACCAAAGCAGACGCCUCCGAGAUUUUAGAGCUCAAGGCUCAUUCCUCCGAAGUCUUUAUGUGUGCUUGGAACCCCAUCUUUACCAAUACCAUUGCUACUGGAAGUGGUGAUGCGACUUCGAGAGUAUGGAUAAUGAAUGGAAUGUACGCCAAGGACGGCUUGGGUCCUAUACGAAUGCUUCCUCAUGGGACUGGUUCGGUAGACAACAAGAACAAGGAUGUCACCACUCUAGAAUGGUCCUCGGACGGUAAACUCUUGGCUACGGGUAGUUACGAUGGAGUGGCUCGCGUCUGGAGUCGCAGCGGGGCUCUGGUCCACACGUUGAGGGGGCACAAGGGGCCAAUAUUCUCUCUCAAAUGGAACAAGCGAGGAAACUACUUAUUGUCGGGAAGCUACGAUAGAACCACCAUUGUCUGGGAUGUCUCGGGAAGCACGGGCUUUGUGGAACAACAGUUUAAUGAUCACAUGGCACCUGCUUUGGAUGUAGAUUGGAAGGAUGAUAUGACUUUUUCGUCUUGUUCUACCGACAAGUCGGUGCACAUUUGUCGAGUGGGAAAGGCAUCGCCCCUCAAGGUGUAUCACGGACACACGGAUGAAGUGAAUGCUGUCAAGUGGGCUCCUUCCGGGAAUCUUCUAGCGAGUUGUUCGGAUGAUUGCACUGCCAAGGUCUGGGCUGUGAACAGUGAUAGCGAUCAACCAUUGCAUGAUUUCAAGAGUCACAAGCAAGAAAUUUAUACUGUCAAGUGGAGUCCAACUGGUGAAGGUUCGGCAAACCCAGACAAACAGCUCAUGUUGGCUACCGCGUCAUUUGAUGGAACGGUUCGUCUGUGGAAUGUCUCGGAUGGCAGCUGUUUCCGCGUGUUUGAUCGUCACCGUGAUUCCGUGUAUUCAGUUGCCUUUUCUCCUUCUGGAAAUUUCUUGGCGAGUGGAUCUCUAGCUGGGCAGCUAUACAUUUGGGACGUUGAAAAGGGCGAGCACAUUCGAAAUUAUAAGGGAGGGGGUGAUAUUUUCGAGGUGGCAUGGAACAAGGAGGAAACAAGAGUCGCAGCUUGCUUUUCGUCGAAUACCGUUUCUAUUAUUGAUUUCAAACCUCCUUCGAGAUGA